CUUACCCAUCCUGGUCAGGCACCAGGGGCUUCUUGCUCAUAUGCUAUAGUGAACACCUUCUUGAUCGUCUGUUCCAGUUUAUACAUCCGCCUCCAGUCCACCAGAGCUGUGCCAUCCAUCGAAGACACUGGCAUUCUGAGUCUAGUCUUUACAUAUCUUAUUGCAAACCCUGAGAUGACUACAGAGGUCAAACAGCUGGCUGAGCAUCCUCUAGUGAGUCCAAAGGCAGAGCCCCAGCCGGAGAAGAAGCCCGAGAACCUUCCAAGGAGCCACGGGGAUGUUGGGCUCCAGAAAGAGCCUGUAGUCCCAGGCAUUGUGGAUUUCGAGCCGAUCCAUGAGGAGUUGAAGACAAUAAAGACCCCAACAUCACAACCAACACCUAGUGCCUACCGCUUUGGACGCCUCAGCCACCAUUCCUUCUUCUCGAGGCACCAUCCCCAACCACAGCGAGUGACUCAUAUUCAAGAUAUCAAUGGGAAGCCCGUCUGCAUGAUCAGGGACGAGUUCUCUCUGGGGGCCUUGGCUCAGUCCACAUUCUUAUCCAGCUGUCUGAUGGAGAUGCCCACCAUCUCUGUCCCCAUUGGGGACCCACAGUCCAAUCGGAACCCCCAGCUUUCUACUUCUGACACCUGGAGGAAGAAUUUAAAGGACCUGGCUUCCCGAGUGACUGCCUUCACUAAGGAAAUCGAGUCAAAGACCGAUGAGCAGAAAGAAGAGUCUCCUCUGAGGGAUCCUCCUCCCAGAGAGCAGGGGGCCAAGUACUCAGCUGAGACUGGUAGGCUUAUCCCUGCUUCCAGUCAAGCCCUCAGCCGCCGCAACCGCCAGGGCCAGCGGGGCCACCCUUCUGGUAAAGAUGGAGGAGCCCAAACCUCCGUUCUGCAGGAUCAGGAGCUGCUGAUCUUGGAACUUCUUUGUCAAAUUCUACAAACAGACUCUCUGAGGGCUAUUCAGUUCUGGCUGCUUUAUGCUCCACCAAAAGAAAAAGAUUUAGCUUUGGGGCUCCUGCAAACCGCGGUGGCUCAGCUCAUCCCCCAGUCCCUCCCCACCAUCCCAGCAGAGAAGCUCUGGAACCAACUCCAAGAGCUUCAAGAGCCUCCUCAAGAGACACAACAGGCAACCUACAGCCCAUCCCUGAAGAAGACGAAGACACCACCUCUACCCAAACCAGACAAACCAGAGUACAUUGGCAAAGCCCAAGUCCUCCUAGUGCAUCCCAGCGAGGACCCAGAGGAGCAAGCGACCAGACCAAAGGCGGAAAGCUGAGGAGCACAGACCAGAGCACAGCGACUUCUGCCUAGCUCAAAGGCAGCUCCUCAGCUUGGGGAAGGAAGGUGGCUCCUGUCCUGCUACCUCAACUUCAGCCCUGGCCUCCAACAGUGCUCUACUAAAUAAAAUACUGCCCUCUCUCCCUGGAGGAGGGCAGUUCCACCCUC